AUGACUUCCACAGCCGGAGCCGAAGGCUCGGAAGAUGUCAAUGACUUCCUGCUUCGUAUUCGGGAGUUAGGCGAAAGGCGCGACAAGGAGGACGAAGAACGCACGAAAAAAUUGGAGGAGGAGAUCUUGAAGGGUCGACGGGAAAGACAGGCGAGAAGAGCUGAGCGGGCUAGAUCGAUCUCGCCGACAAAAGACUCUCCUCCCCUGUUCGAUACGGCUCGAUUGAGCAUGCCUCCACCCACCACACCGCGAGCAAUCGACCCUCCCGAACAACUCGAGCCAACUCGACUUGAGCCAACACGGUACGACCCUGAGCGGGAAUCCACUCCGAAGUCAGAUUUUAUUCGAGACGACGUAUCAAUGACGACCGACGGAAGUCGGAGGGGGUCGAGAGCGGAAGGAAGCGAAAUUGAAACGUCCCCUAAGCCUCCCUCAACUUCCACAUCGCCUCUUCGAAGCAGAACGGGAACCUUGUCCUGGCAACAAAGACCGUCGUCGCGGGAUCUUGGCGGCAGCAGAUCCUUUUUCUCUAGCUCCCCCACCCGCGAGAAUCGCUGGAGAGCCAUGUCUACAACCUCGAAUGAUGAUCAUGCGGCGCCUCGGAGCCCGAAUGCGUUGUCGCCCGCAGCUAAGGAGCCCCCUAUACUCAAUCCAACGGAAAGAACCCUCGGCUCUCCAAUUCGCAACAAACCUGCAGAAGAAAUUGUCCCGGAGACUACUCCGGAAGCGAGUAGUAACAAAGAACCUGUUCCAGAAGUCGAAAACACCCCCGAACCGGAGAAAGAAGCCACCGAGCAGGAACUCCCGGAGGUGGCGCGGUCACGCUCACCAUCCCGAGCAAGCUCGAUAUUUGCGGAUAGCAGUAUAAGUAAUCGGUAUUCGAGUGUAUCUUCGGUGUCGACGGCUACUGGUCUCGGCUCACCGAUCCCUCUGUCGAGUGCACAGAAACUGGAGCCCACGAAAACCGAGCCAAGUUCGGAGGAGCAGACGUCGCCCAUAUCGCCCAGACGACUCUCUCCCGAGCGCUCGAGAUCGUCAUCACCCACGAAGGGACUGGGCGGCUUUGUACAGAGCGCGAUGAUGAAACGAUCGGACAGCGUAUCAAAACGGUGGAGCGCCCAGCUUCCAUCGGGACUUGCACGGGGAAACUCGUUCGCUAGCAACCGAAAUAGUUUUGCGGCACCUAGCAACAUAGAAACCUUUCCUGCAGCUCCUAGGUUGAGCAGGGACGGUUCCAUGUUACAUCCUCGCCCAGGAUCUAGCCACAGCGAAGCCACGGUUGUCAGUAACAAAGAGAGCGAACGCCCCGCGACACCUCCUGUGCCUGGUGGCAAUUUCAACACGCAGCUUGAAGAUAGUCCCAGCAGACCACCUCUAGCCCUCAACACCAAAUCUUCCAGUGGGGUGGCUGGUGAACGUCCAUCCACACCCCCGGUGUCCGGCGGAAGUGGCAUUGGACGGUAUCACGACUCGCCCGGCAGACCUCCUCUUUCCUUACACGCUAGAUCCUCAAGCGCAGUAGGUACCGAUCAAGGCUCAGAGGCCGGAUCUUUGCCUCCGACCAGUCCGGCAGUGUCGAGGACAAUGGACCCGAAGCGGUGGAGCCCCACGAAAUCGACUUGGUUGGAGAGUGCCUUGAAUCGGCCAGAUUCCCCCCGGCACAAGAAGCAGCCUUCUCAAUCGACACCACCAUGGGUGAGGGACCGACAGUCCAAGGGCAGUAUCGAUUUGGGCCGCAAGAACAGCUUCAAGGAAGUCACUCCUGUGGGGCUGAUGCGAACUGCUGUUCCCGGCAGUCAUUCGAAGACCUCAAGUGUAUCUGGAAUUCCUGAUCUCCUGGGCGUCCAGGAAACGUCGAAAGCCAAGGAGGAACCUGUGAAUAAGGCAGUGGAAGAGCCUGAGAACAAGUCCAACGAGGAACACGAGAAGAAAGAUCAAGAGGAGAAAAAUACGGUCAAGGAAGAACCUGAAAUCGAGGCUAAAGAGGAGUCAGAGAGCCUAGCCAAGGCAGAGCCUGAGAGCCCUUUGAAAGAGGAGCCUGGGGAUCCGGUGAAACAGGAGCUCGAGAGCCCAGUAAAAGAGGAACCCGAGAACAAGGUUGAAGAAGAGCCUGAGGCUCAUGUCGCUGAGGUGCCUGAGGAUUCAAAAGCCGAGGACAACACGGAGUCGACCCCUCAACAAAGCAGUGAACCCGCGGCAGAAACUAUCCUAGACAAAUCGGCAAAGGCGGAAAUUGAGCCACAAAACACAGGGAACGAUGCUCCCGGGCGCAAGCGUGCCCCUUCCCUCCACAUCGCCCAGAAGUCAAGCGUCGAUUUGGCCCUCUCUUCUCCUCGCGAUCCCCUGCUGAACCGUCCGAAGCCCCAAUCUCCUGUGAUAGAUUUCCGCGCUAAUCUUCGACGUCGCGAAGUGGUGAAGGAUGAGUCGCGUCAAGAGGAACCAGAAUUCAAAAAUAUAUUUGGAAAGCUCAAGAAGACGGAAACCUCAAACUAUGUUGCACCCGAUGAGCUUAAGGGGAACAUCUUAAAAGGAAAGGCGGCGCUCAACGCGACUGGAGGACCGAAGAAGUCGCAGAGAGUUGACGAACUGAAAGACAGUAUCCUGAAGCAGAAAGAAGCCAUGAAAGCCGGCGGGGGCUCGGUGAGGCGGAAUACUGCCGGAGAGAUGGAUGCUCCUCCAACGCUGGUGCCAGAAGCCAUUGCUAGGCGAAACACUCUGAGCAAGCCCAGCAAUGAUGUGUCUCCCAACACACCAACAUCCCCUUCCCUUAGGGACUUUGGAACGCCGCGGGUCUCGCAAGACACCCAGCCCCCGAUUCUAUCCCCACAAGAGCCUAUGGAUUCUGGCACUUCCUCUACACAGCCUAAAGCUUCGGAAGAACAGAAGCCUAGGGCGCCCGACGCGCCCCAGCCUCAAGCUGAGCCCGCCAAACUUGAAGAAACGGGUGACGACGAGAAGAACGCCAACAGCACUCCGGUCGACUUAGUUGAACAGAAUGACGCACCAGUGACGGACAAAAAGCAAGAAGAGUCGGGAGAGGAAGCCAUCAAACCGGUGCGUGCUUUGCCAUCGAGCACUGAUGCGCAGGCAACGACUGCGCCUGCUGCCACUGAAGGUCCUGCUGCUAAAGGUAAACUUGCAGGCCGAAUAAAUCCUGCCUUGGCGGGCCUCCUAUCGCGCGGGCCACCCGUUGCAGCGAAUGGAACCGACAGAACGCUUCCUUCGACUUCUUCCAACGAUACUGGUGUUGAAGCGUCCAAGUCAGCCGCGCCCCUCACGCAUGUGACGAAAAAUCGUGCGAGAGGCCCGAAGAGGCGUCUUCCGAAUGCUGCUCCCCAACAGGAGUCAGAGCCUUCUUUGGAAGACAAGAAAGAACUGGAAGACAAGCAAGAAUUACAAGAAUUACCGUCCCUGUUUGUGGAUAGCAAGGAGCCAGAGGUCAAGAACCCUCCUGAGCACGCUGUUGGUGGCUCCAACUGGCCACUGCCGGAUAUCGAUUUUGGAUCGCAAGACUCAUCGGAGACCAGCUUGGCUCAACUUGCUCCGUCGGCAACCAACAAGCCUACAGAAUUCAGAAGGACUAUUCCCCGGAUGUCUUCGGUUGAUAUCAAGCAAAAAUCGGAAGGACUGAGCCCAGCUCCUUCCCCUGGUUUGGACCUACGCUUCUCCGAUCACGAAAGGUCUCCCAGCGAAGACGCCGAGACUCUGGAGGACUCUCCCUCUCGCCGACCAGUGCCCCCAUCUAAGGCCUCGAACCCGUCAACUCCGGUUGUUGGCCAGGCCCGAACCUCGCAGAUCCAAUACUCGUCGCCAUCUCCCUCGCCCCUGCGCACAAGUUUCAAGGAGAAUCAGAUCCACCCGCCGCCAUCAUAUCGGAAGACCCCCGGUGUAGGGCCUCCUUGGUCCAGGGAAUCGUCUCCCCGCGACAAGGCCUUGCCAUCCCCUCCCGUUCCCCCGAAAUUCAAUGCCCCCGCCGAUCAGCUUUCAUCGCCGAGAUCCUCAGCGUCGUUGGUUCCCCAGGCGGAUGAAUCUCUGGAAGCCAUCUCCGGCUUUUUCAAGACAUUCCCCAGCUCCAGUAACCGCGUGGACAUCGAUCCUCAGUUGACGCUAGAGAAUAAGAGCGACAACCAGAAGAUCCGGACGUUGAAGAAGCAGAUGUGGGAGAUCACGGGGGACGGCAAGCGCCAGGACCUCCCAGUGAACCAGGAGUAUAUUCUAUACGAGGGCAGUAUGUAUUUGUGCGUGCACAUGUUUGAGGCUGAAGGUAGCAUUCGCUCGGAAGUACAUCUCUGGUGCGGCGACGAUGUAACCGACGCAUCUGUCGACGAUGCACAGUCUUUCUCACGAAGAGUCGCCAAGGAGAAUGGUGCCAAAUUGGAAGUCAUCAAACAGGGCAAAGAAACCGCCCGCUUCAUCCAGGCACUUGGCGGCAUCCUCAUCACGCGCCGGGGCUCUAGCUCCCGCUCGAGCUCAUCUGCGAUUUUCAUGCUCUGCGGACGGAAACAUCUGGGCCAAAUGGUGUUCGAUGAGGUGAAUCUCUCGCCUAGCAAUCUGUGCACAGGCUACCCCUUCGUGAUUUCGGCCAUGUUUGGAAAGCUGUACCUCUGGAAGGGUAAAGGCAGCUCGGCAGAGGAGAUUGGAGCAGCUCGACUGAUUGGCAUGGACCUGGGUCUGACGGGUGAAUUUGAAGAAGUGACCGAGGGAGAGGAGCCCGAGAGUUUCUUUGAGGUGUUUCCGCCAUAUGCCGAGACUGGCGACUACAUGGAUGAGGACUUCUGGCGGCUGAAACCCAACCAUGACCGUUUCCGCCUGCGGCUGCUUCGCAUCGACCACGAGCUUGGACAGCGGUCUGGGUUCUGGCUCCGGCGAUCAGGCUCGGCAUCACCGGUGAUCCGACCGAACGACACUGUCCAGGAGGUGGAGCCUUUCUGCCAGAAGGAUCUCGCAGGAAAGGGGAUCUAUGUUCUGGACAUCUUCUUCGAGAUCUAUGUGAUCGUUGGCGAACAAUCAACAAACCGACCAGGCGAGUUCGCCUCGGCCGUGGUCUUCGCGCACGAGUAUGGCAUUCUCGCUGCCUCCCUUCAGGAUCGACCGUUCAUCCCCAAAAGCUACGUCGCACUGGGAGGAAUCCCCGACUCCUGUCGCAGUGCAUUCCGGAAAUGGGUGCCGCGCUCUCCCUCCACGCCUCCUCCACGCGUCUUCCCUCUGAAUGCUGCCAUCGAGGCAAUCCGCUCUUAG